CAUCCUUCUGCGGUCUUGUGUGCGAGGACAUGUCGCAGAUGAGGCAGGGGUAAAGUAGCUGUUGACGCACAAAGGCUAACCAGCAUUGGGUUAGAUGGUGCCCAUGCACUUGCAGCCACACUGACACAAACAUGCGCGUUCUCCAGGGCUGUAGGCAGAACUACAUUGUCCCUAGUUCCAAGCUGCCGAAUACCGUACAUCGUCCUCCGCAUUUCGCUAUGACAAAUGGAUGCGGGCAAGCAAGUAGUCUUGAGGAAAAUACGAGCACGUUAAUGACGUAGACAUGAUGUUUUCCGCCUCGACACGCACGCAUCUCCGGCAGUGACGAGGUUGUUGUAAUAGCAUCCCCCUUCCAAGUCUAUAAGAGACGAAGCUUUUUUCCAAGACUUCAGGCCUCGAUAAGCUUUUGCCAAUAUGGUUCAUCAGGACAAAACCGAUCAUGUUCCGCAGGAACAUCGCAUGCACCGCACUGGUGGUUGGCUACCUGCAGACCAUAGAGUACACAAGGACUGGCUAGACGGCGUAAUCAACCAUGUCGAGGAGAACCCUAAGGAGCUUCACCCCGUCCUGCAGGAGUUCAAGGCUCUCAUCGAAGAGAACUCCCGUAUCUACCUCUUGAUAAACUCCAUGUUCGACGAGGUACCGACAAAGAAACCGUACUCCAACGACCCAGUGGGCCACAAGCAGGUUCGCGAUUAUCAUCACAUGCUGGAGCUAUUCAACCACCUGCUCACGACUGCGCCGUCGUGGAACGACAAGGAGUACUCCAUCGGCAUGGUAGGCACGCCAUUCAACGCCAUCCUCGACUGGCCCAUGGGGACUCCAUCCGGAUUUGCCUUUUUCCUCGACCCCGAAGUCAACAAGAUGCUGAAGAAGGUGCUCAACAAAUGGGCUGAGUUCCUCGGUUCACCCGCGUCCGCAUACGUCCUCGGCAGCGACUCGAUCGGAUGGUUCAGCCCUCACGGCGUCGAGGAUCUGGCCGCAACAGCCAACAUCGGCCAAACAGAGCACAAGUUCGAGGAGUUGUUCCAGUGCGACACAUCGAAAGAGCACUUUGGCUUCAAGUCCUGGGACGACUUCUUCGUGCGUCAUUUCCACGAGGACAAACGACCCGUCGCGUCACCAGACGACGACUAUGUCAUCGCCAACGCCUGCGAGUCGAAGCCGUACAACGUGGGCCGCGACCUGGCUGCCCGAGACCGAUUCUGGAUAAAGGGUCAGCCGUACUCGCUCAAGGACAUGCUCUCCAUGGACCCUCUGUACGAGAAGUUCAUCGGCGGAACAGUGUACCAAGCCUUCCUCUCCGCGCUGAGCUACCACCGCUGGCACGCGCCCGUGAGCGGCAAAGUCGUCAAAGCGUACGUCGUAGACGGGACGUACUUCUCGGAGCCGCUCUUCGAAGGGCUGGGCGACGCAGAAGCCAAAGGGGGCAUUGCGCAGGACGGCGAGAAGACAGGCCAGGGGUACCUCACUGCGACUGCGACGCGAGCUAUUAUCUUCUUCGAGGCUGAUAACAAGGAUAUUGGGCUUGUUUGCUUCCUUGGUGUCGGUAUGACGGAGGUGAGCACUUGCGAUGUGGGGGUCAAGGAGGGCCAGCAUGUCAAGAAGGGAGAUGAGAUUGGUAUGUUUCACUUCGGGGGGAGCAGCCACUGCGUGCUGUUCCGGAAGGAGGUGCAGGUCGACGGGUUCCCGGACCUCGAUUCGGAGCACAACAUUCCUGUGCGAUCGCAGCUGGCGGUGGUGAAGAAGAGCACUUCCCGCGCGUAGAAGCAGAUAGUCUUGUAGUCGUCUGCAUGUCGAAUUUAAGUGAAUAUGCUUGAUUUGCUCAGUCACUCUUAGCAGGGCUCAUUCCACGGUAUCUUCACGAAACCCUUACUCUAUUGUCAAUUCAAAAGAUCAG